UUUUUUUUUAAAAAAAAAAAGGUAAUAACAACAUCAAUCAAUAAUUAAUCCACUAGUCCUCAACUCCCCUGCCUGCCCAAUUAAAGAUAAAUAGGCCACUGGUCAUCCCAUAAUAAUUAUUCCUACGAAAAAUAGAUUUUUCGCUCUCGGCCGACAAAUGUUCAAAACACCCAACAAAUAAACCUCGGCAGUUUAAAGCCUCUAAAAUCUGGCUCGGCCUUUCCCGUCGACACAAGUCAUUAAUCAAACAUUAUUAUUUUUCAUGAAAUUAAUAUUCUUCACUGUUCAUCGUACAUCCCGCUCGCUCAUGCCACCGAAGCUCUUUGCCUACUCAUUUGGCAGAAGGUUUUUCACCAGAUUUGGGAUUUUCAUCUGAAUUUCUGAGUGCUUAUGAGAUAUUAAUUAAUCAGAAGCCGAUAAAAGAAGGUAACAAUACAUAUCAAGAAAGGGUUUAAACCCUGGAUCAGCUCAAUAAUGGCUUUGACAGGAAAUCCCCUUGAAUUCAACCAAUUUGCAGUCACCAUCUCAUUUCCUAAAGAUAAUAAUAAUUACAGUAAUCAUUUGGUUGAAGCACAUGUCGUGGUGGUUGAUUUCGUGUUGCGCUAUGCUUUUAUUGGGGCCUUCAUUGUAAUACUCUUGAUGAUAAUCGCGCUGAUCGUCAAACUUAUGUGGAGCUCGGAUGGGAGAGUGACACGUGGUCUAUCACAUAGGCCUACUGAGAACACUACAUUGUUACCUUCAAAAGGCCAACAGAUUGUGGUCACUAUUUACGGCACAAACGAUAAUAACGAAUCAGGAAGCAACAGUUGCUCUUCGUCUCAAGAUUUAUAUGAUGGUAAAAUAUGCGUCAUUUGCUAUGACGAUCAAAGGAACUGCUUCUUCAUUCCCUGUGGUCAUUGUGUUACAUGUCACAAGUGCGCCCAUAGGAUUGUGAAGGAGGAAAGCAAGAGUUGUCCAAUUUGCAGAGGAAUUAUCUACAAAGUGAAGAAAUUGAGCAUUUUCACUUUUGUUCCUAGUGGGUGGAUUCGCACCGUCGACGCCCUCUCUCGGGCUAUUUGGAAAAUCCGACGGAGUUUGCUCCUCACCAAAAAACGAUACCUUCGAAUCCGAUCAGCCCAUGGAGUUGGCCACGUGCAGUCCAAGGACGACUAUUCCAUUGCUGCAACGAUUGAAGCACAGAGAUUUCUCCACUUUGUACAUCUCGGAAAGGGACAAACUUUUCUAUAUCUCGUGAAGCAAUCCGUCCUGUUGGCGGUGGUGGUUUGCGCCGGUGGUGUUGAGGUAGCGAUCGAGGGAGAAGAAUGA